GCACCUGCCAGCAUGUCGUCAACGUAGAAGUCUCGUUUGAGGACCUUGGCAGCGGAUGGGUGCGUCUUUUCUCCGAUCUCACCGAGUUUUUGCAAGCACUUGGUCGCUAAAUACGGCGCAGACGCCGUUCCGUACGUGACAGUUGUCAGCUCGUAGAUUCGGAUGGGUUCGUCCGCAUUGUCUCUCCAAACGAUUCUCUGCAGUCUCUGGUCGUCAGGCUGGACGCGAAUCAUACGGUACAUCUUGGCGAUGUCAGCGACGAUGGCAACAGCGUGGAGUCGAAAGCGUAGCGCAAUGUCCAGUAAAUCGUCCUGCACAACUGGUCCCACCAUGAGCGCAUCGUUCAGAGCAACUCCGGUAGACGUGCGACACGAAGCAUCAAACACCACGCGGAGCUUCGUAGUGGUGCUGUCCGGCCUCAAGACGCAGUGGUGUGGCAGGUCUGGAUUCGCUGACAGCCGCUUCUCCAGUCCCAAGAAGCGUUUGAUGGCUGUUGAUCUGGACUCACCGAGACGCUGGACAGCGUACUUCUUCUUGGGCAGCGUCACAACAAAUCUGCCAGUUUCGUCACGAACCGUCGUCUCCUCGAACAGCUGCUCGCACGUGGAUUCUUCGAUCGAGUGCGUGCUCUUGGUGCGGCACGUUUCCAGUUCCCAAAAUCUGGUCAGCAGCUCGUCGAUUGCCGCGACGGAUACGAGAGACGUCGAUUCUGGAACGCUGCCGGGAAGCCGGCCGGAAAUGAUCCAACCAAACACCGUGUUGUGCAGCGUGGGACCGUCUGCAGCUGGUUUCACCCGUUCGUCCGUCAGCAAGUCCAUGUAAAACUCGGCACCGAUAAUGACGUCCACUGGACCGGUUUUGUGGAACUCCGGAUCAGCCAGGAACAUCCAGUCGGGCAGCUGAAUUG